AUAACUGCCUACACCAUCGAAAGUAGCAGGGUGACUAGUUCAGUAUUCAGAUUUUUUACAUAGCAAAAAUGGCAUCAUUCACCAUGACAGCCUCCAUCCUUGGCAGCCCUGCUGUCACCAAGCAGUCAGCAGUGGCAACGCAGAGGAGACUCGUUGUUAAUGCUGCCAGAGCUGUUGACGGGGAGAAGAUCAGUUAUGACAGUGACAAGGAGGGUAGCCAUGGAAGGCGAAACCUGAUGAUUGUUGCAGCAGCAACUGCUGUUUCCUCUGUUGCUGGGAUGGCAGUGGCAGAAGAGCCUAAAGCAGGUACUCCAGAAGCCAAGAAAAAGUAUUCCCCAGUUUGCGUCACUAUGCCAACAGCUAGGAUUUGUCACAAGUGAGGGACUCGGUUUUUGGUUCUGAUGAUUGAAAAUGUACAUUGGGGUUGUGAUGUUUUGAUUGCAUAUGAUCCUCACUGUACUAGAUUAAAGUAUAGACUUUGCUCUGUCUGUAUUGUGGCCAUUUUUAAUGCAUAUCCAAGGAUUCAUUUGCUUAAGGAAGGAAAAUAUUAUUAACUUU